CGUAAUAAUAAGUAAUUUUAAUUAUUUCUGGUUAGUGAAAAAUUUUUGAUGUGUGGCCUGAAAUUUGGUAACUGGGGGUAAAGUGGGACACUUUGGUUGAGGUAAAGUGGGACAGUUUAUUUUUGCAUUUUAUGCAUUUCACGCCACAUUUAAGGCAUACAAACAGUGUUUAUCUUUAAAUUUAAUCGAUUUUGAAUGUUUGUUGUAGUUUUAUAGAUACAUAUCUAUAAAUUUGUGCCAAAAAGACGCCAUCAGAAGAAUCGACGUUGAAAUCGGGUGAAACAGCAAUGUCCAGUGAACCAAAAUUAUGAUUAUUACAGCUAGGUGGUAUCAAAUAUUACCGGAAUACCGAGAGACUAUCGCGACUCUAAUAAGAUACUGCGCAUCGUCAUUUCUUUAUUUUUCCAAAAACCGGUAAUGCAUUUUUUCCCUUCAUUCAGUAUAAUGCCAUUGUUUCCUAGUUUUCGAAAUAAAUUGCCAGUGAAAGUUGAUAAAAACAGUCGGAAAUUGUUUGAAAUAGAUGAAUUCUCCGAAUUAUACAUGAAAUACCAACAAAUAUUGAGAUAUUUUGCUGAAAAACAUACAAAAUGGUGGCUGUCCCAGAUUACCCCCACCUAUGUCCCAGAUUACCCCCACUGUCCCAGAUUACCCGCAAGGGUAAGCCCUUCGGAAAAUUAGCGCCCCUUCCACCUCAGACGGGGCAGGAAGAAAAUGAAGUUUGCCAAAAGUUGCCUUUUUACAAUACCUUUUCUACGGUAUAUAAUUUUUUUAAAUUUCCUUCAAUAGCACCCGAGUUCCGCCUAUUUGAAAAAAAGUGUCCCAGAUUACCCCCAUCUCCCCUAUAUCAUGUUGUUGGUUAAUGUAUUGCAAAUAAGUGAAAAUUUAACAGUGUGAAGAUAUUUUUUAAGAUUCAUUAAAUCACUCUCAGAUUUUAACAGUAUACUUAUGUACUUAUAAAAAAAAAUCUUCGACUAGCGAUUUCCCUGUUGAGCCCCCAGUUACAGACAAGAUUGAUUCUUAGUCGAAUAAAACAAUGAGAACAGCUGCAAAAAGUUAAGAUUCGAGCACUAUGUGCAUUUAUUGAUCUCCCUCUACAGACUGAACUCGUUUAUAGAACAACUUUACUUCUAUUUAUACAUUUUUUGUUAGGUUUAAAUUUCUAUUCAAUAGCCAUGAUUCUGCAAUCGACUUUGUUACACCUUUUUAACUAUGACCAUUCUCAAUUAUAUUUCUUAUCGUUUUCACAUAUUUGAACUUGAACGUUUUAAAAUAAAACAAAGCACUGGGACCAAUUUUACAAAAUAUAAUAUCGUUAUUGUUGUCGAUAUUAACUCUCCUCACACUUUAAAACGAUCGUCCCCGAUUGUUCCGCUUGAUGGCACAUUGCAAUGCCCAGAAUUUUGAUUUGGACUAGUUUCCAAAAUAUGUUGAAUAUAUGUGCUACAGAACCGCAUAUGUUCUCUUUUAUCAUUAUUGUUUUGUUUUAAUCUUAGAAACGUACAGUUAUUGUUCAUCGAAUGCUUAUGGAACUCGAUGAUUCAAAAGUAGUGAUUUUAUAACAGUCACCAAGCAAUGUCUCAAGAUUUUAUGAAUUUUCUUCAUAAAAAUUUACUUCAAUUAAGACGAACAGACUUUACAGCCGUAAAUUACGUGCGUAUAGGUAUGAAUGGUAGCUAAAUGGCAACACUGAUGUCGCUGUGAGCGUGAACGUUGUGUACGAAAUGUCAAACUGUCAUAUGUUCGUUCUUCUUUUGUUUACCUUCAACGAGUACACAAGUACAUUAUAGCGUCAGAUUUUUGUUAAAAUAUAAUUUGUUUUACUAAAAUGGCUUAUAAUCAACAAAAUGUUCCGAUUAACUAAUGUUAAUCAAAAUGUUUUAAACGCAUUCAAUGAACUGAAUAUCAAAGAGGAAAUUUUAAUCAAGGAGGAUACGGAUGUUCUCGAGGUUGUGGAAAAAUUCAAUUUAGCAGGCGAGUAUUUAGAAAUCAUCCACUUACAUGAUCUAGCUGUCUUGGACAGUAUGGCUAAAUUAGCAGCAGCAGCAGAUGCGAUGGGCCAACCUAACGGAAUAUUACCAACUAAUGCUCAAGCAAUGGUCCGAGCGAGCAAAAGUUUUGUAAAAAAUAUGAAGCAGAUAUUAUAUCAUGCGCAAGUUUAUGAAGUCAACACGCAUAUUGUCCCAGACUAUGAUCUGCAAGAUGAAACGAAUAUCUGCUCCCUGGGAUGGUAUGCACGGAUGAUUCGUCAAACUCUAACUCAAAGAGCACAAAUUGCUGCUGCCAUAAAACUAUAUUGUGGUUCUGGUAAUGGAUCUGUUUCCGCUCUUGCUACGCAAUUAGAUCCCGGCUACAAAUUAUUGUCAGCAUUACGUACGCAUGCUCGGGCUCGUUAUCCGAAUUACAAUAAUUACGUUAUUGUAUAAUGACGUCGCGUCGUCGGGUCUGACACUAACAACGAAUUUUUAAAAUUUAAUUUCUCCAAUCUAUUCCAACCUCUUAAUUGUAGGGGAAGAGGGGGUAAAGUGGGACAGGGGGUAAUCUGGG